GCGGAAUUCCCCCAUCUAAAAUCUGAAAACAUCGAUUUCGUCUGGCUUCAGUCUGUGAAACGAGUUACGACAGUCCCCUUUGAAACACGCACCUUGAUAGACAUGCCGUCUGCAGAAGUGAACGACGCCCAUGUGAACGGCCACACUAAUGGCCACAUUAACGGACAUACCAAUGGUCAUACCAACGGUCACGCAAAGGGGUUUAAGAACCCGUCACUGCAAGUAACCGAAGACCACAAGCUCAAGCUGGUAGAUGCCCCUAUCCAGGAGCCUGGUCCUGGGGAGGUGACUCUGCAGAUCAAGUGUUCGGGAAUCUGUGGAUCGGAUAUGCAUUUGUGGAAAUCAGGACGCAUAGGGUCUUUGGAGGUUAAGGGGGAUUGUAUUCUAGGACACGAAGCUGCCGGCAUUGUGCUUAAGUGCGGUGAAGGUGUGACUAAUCUCAUACCGGGAGAUCGAGUGGGCAUCGAGCCCCAGGAGCCAUGCGAAAAAUGCUUUCUCUGUAUGGAAGGUCGGUAUAAUCUUUGCGAGGAUGUCAAAUUCUCUGGAAUAUGGCCAUACAACGGGACUAUCCAGAGAUUUAAAGUCCAUCCUGCCAAAUGGCUCUACAAAAUCCCAGAUGACUUAAGUUAUACCGAAGGCGCAUUACUUGAACCGUUGAGCGUCAUUUUGCACGGCAUCAAGGGGGCAAACGUAAAGCUGGGCCGUCCAUCGCUCGUCUGCGGCGCAGGCCCAAUCGGACUCGUUGCCUUGGCAGCCGCAAGGGCUUCUGGUGCUCAUCCCCUGGUCAUAACAGACAUUGACCCGGGACGUCUCGAGUUCGCUAAGGAGUUUGUACCCCGAUGCCAGACGUAUCAGAUCAAUUCCAAGUUGAGCCCUGAAGAGAACGCAAAGGAGAUUCGAAAACUGUUCGGAGAUGACGAGUACUCCGCACCGGCAUCAGUAAUGGAAUGUACCGGUGUCGAGAGCAGCGUCUGCACGGCCGCCUUUUCUGUCCGCAGAGGAGGGACGAUCAUGGUGAUUGGUGUUGGUAGACCGGUGAUGAACAAUAUCCCAUUCAUGCAUCUGUCCCUUGCCGAGAUCGAUCUAAAGUUCAUCAACCGAUAUAGGGACACCUGGCCGGGAGCUAUCAAUUGCAUGAGCGGCGGCAUCCUUGAUCUCAACAAGUUGGUAACACAUAAGUUCCCUCUCGAGAAAGCCCUCGACGCAUUCGAGCUGUGCGCCGAUGUUAGGAACGGAAGCAUCAAGGUCCAUAUUGUCGAUGAAGUGGACGCCUCAUUGUAAGCGAGAGGCGCAAAUAUCAUGUUACCAUUUAUCGUGUAUAAAAGUUCCAUGUAGGAUGUUAUAAUAAGGUGGCGUUGAGUUAAUCAAAAUUGGAUCUGCCAAUGGCGGUCAACCCAAGCUUCUGUGGUGUUGGCGUGCAGGUUAAGAGAUGGGCUUGUGGCGGA